AUGCAUAGUUUGCAGGCGGUUAAUUCCAGAUUAACGUUGCAGUCGGCGGCGUCACAGAUUGCAAAUAUAUUGAAAGCAGCUCGAAAAACGGGCAGAGACAAUCCGGCUGUGAUCGAUGAUGCUGUUAAUGUGUUAAAACAACUUUUCCAGUCGAACAACAUACGCAUAUGCCAGCUAGCGAUAGAAGCGGCACUACAACUUACGAUGGAGCGUUAUGUUGAACCCGGACAAAUGCUAGGAAUUCUGAUGACGCUACUACCAAACAGUAAUUCGGGACAGUGUAACGCGUUGACUAGCAUCCUUUUUCACCUACUAAAGAUGGAUCUACGCCAGCGAUGCACAGGUCCCAGUUCCAUGGACUUCUAUCAGCACGGCUUCGAGGUUUCAAAGCAUCCUCUAAUUCUCCUGUUUGAUAAAUCUAACAAAGAAAACAGGAAAAAUAUUCUCGAUCGUAUGAUAAUGAUGAUGGAAGAUCGGGAUGGUGUGAUUUAUAACAAUAUUAUCGAAUUCCUGCAUACCGUUCUGCUGCAUGUCUUCAUCAACGUGGGCAUUUACGAUGAUUGCCGGCAGGUUUGGAAGUUGCUUGUAAGAAGAACGAUAAUGCAAGACAGCAAAGCAAAAUGGCUCCUGUUCCAGAUACUGUCCUGGUGCAGUGAUGCGACGGCAACGCAAACUUUCUUCACCGUCGGUCUACUGACCGAUGCGUUGGAAAUUGUUCUAGACGAAAAUCUCAGCUACGUAACGCUGCAGCUAGAAUACGCUGUUUAUCUAGCGGUUGUCCUGAAAAACUAUAUUGAAAAUAAUUUCGAUCCAUCCAGAUGCUUCAGCUUGUUGCGAAAAUUUUGUACAAGGGCAAUCCAACGUGAUCCACCUCCAAACCUGGAUGUGUUGCUAACGAUCGCGACAGAUUUGCUGUCGUAUGUAUCACCGCGAAAUAUGCUUGGACUGCUGGAAAUCAUCCAAACGAUUCUUCCCUUUUGUGGAAAGGUUAGCUGCAUGCUGACAAAGGAAGCAAUGGUACAAUUGCUUGGCCAAUCAUCGUACAUUAUGAUACAUAUGCCGCUAUGUGAACAAAUUUUCAAAACAAUCGAAAAAGAUCUUGCAAACGAGGAACGAUGGAAAGAGCCAACACCCAUGAUAUGCGACACCCAGGGAACGAUGUACUUUCAUGAGGAUUUAGCCAAAUGGACUAUUCUCUGCGAGUGGUGGAAUUCGCAUGAUAUGGCAAUCGACGAUUAUCUUGUAACGCGUGGACCAGUAAGCGUUCGAUUUUCGCGCAACCUAAGCCAACUUCAUAGGUCUAUAUUUCUUUCCUCGUCGUACGACGAGAACGUAUGGAAGACGAACCUCGGACAGUUGGUUAAUCUGAUGAAGGAUAGCGAAGUACAAGUCGCGCAAAGCAUGGUUCCGCUUCUGUACGGACUAGCACAUCAUCGGGAUGCUCGUCGCCGAUUGCACGUACUGCAGACAGUCGCUUCGAUGGGCGCGAAAGAAAAUUUGAUCGGUAUACUGAAAGCGUUUACGAAGGACCUGGAUCGUGCCAUGUGCUUGGAUUUGUAUCUGAGACUGUGGAAAGCAGAACCGCGCACCUAUCCACUGCUGUACGAUCUGCUGAAGGAUACAAGCCGUCAAUCGAACGAGGACCGUUGGGAAUACACAAUUGCUCGUGCGUACACAAUUCGCGAAGUGUGCCUUAUCAACCCCACACAGCACGGAGAGGAUUUGGUAAACCUUUUCUCGGAGGUACUUAGCAAUCCGAACAACAACGAGAAUGAAGUUGCCAUCUGCCUAUCGCUGGAUGCCAUCUCGAGUUUGUGCGAAAACCAGGUGGUCAACAUUGUGUCCACCUGGAAGGUUUUGGGCUUCCGAUUCGCAGACGAACGCCGCCCGAAAGUCAUUAAAAGCUUGUGUCGCUUUUUCGCCAACGUACCGCUCAUCAAAGUUACCUCCCCGGAACAGGAAGUGUUGGUAAAUCACAUCAUCAGCACACUGUGGCAUUACGUCACCGACUACAAAGAGAGGGAAAUCAUAGAGGCAGCUUUGGGCACACUGAAACACUUCCUACCGGACACACUAACGCUGCGCCAGAUACCCGAACUGUUCCGUCAAGGUAUCGAGCUUCCGGAGCAGAACAACGGCGAUUCGCCAGCCGAUGCUGCCGGUUCUGUACCACCCGAAUGCUGGAUCCAGUUGCUACAGUACACCAAUCACUGCGCAAUCGAAGCGGUUGGUGAUCUGGUGAGCCAUUACAUUACGCACGAAAUAGGCAGCUAUCGUGGUGGUGUCUAUCAAACGCCGGCUGGACGUCCGGAACCAUCCAACUUGAAGUAUCUACCACGGGCAAGCAUUUUGUCGACGAUACUGCACUAUCUGAUACUGCAAAGCACCAAAUUUACGAAAAGCGAAAGCACGGCCGAAAUUGUACUGCUACAAAUGCUGCGCAUCAUCGCCAAGCCGUAUCCGAAACCGAUUCCUCCGCUGAAUUGGUGCUUUUUGCAUGAAUAUUUUCACCACUGUUUCGAAAUGCGUGAUGCCUGCUUGCAGAUAGCUAUUAAACAGAUGCCCUUCUCCGGAACUGCCAAACGGCUGGUGGAAAACUAUCUGAACGAAUUGUGUGAAACGAUCAUGCUGGAAGAGGAUCUGCUUAAAAUCUAUGCAUCGAUCGCUAACAUUACCGAUGGGGUGCAGCCGGAAAUUUAUAAAUCUUUUGUGCACCUAUCGCUGCAGUACCUAUCGGAACGAGCACAGGACAAACAGUUUGGGGAUAAUGCUCCGUUUAUACAGACAAUGACACUGAUUGGUGGGGCAUUGCAGCGCGAUAAGAAAUACGAGAAUGAGGACAAUUACCUUCUACUCUGCACAACACUGGAAAACUUUUUCAUGCGCUUCGAUCUAGGUUCGGAGGUGUUUAAAAAAUACAUCGAAACGUUGGUACAUCUUCCCGAGCAACAUUUCGCCGAACUGCUAAAACCAAGCACCUGGACCGGUGCAAUCAGUGUGGAAAAGUUGGAGAAAACUAUCUAUCUACAGUUCGCUUUCCACCAGUACAAUCCCACCGCGAAAUCGUUACAUUUUGUGGGUCUCUCGGAUAUAAUAGCAACGUUGGCCAAAAAGUCGCAUAACGAUGGUUCCUUGAGGGCAUAUUUUUUGCAAGAAUGGUUUAGCUUUGUCGAACGCUUUGCCCGGUACGAUGAGUCGGACCAGUCGGAUGGGAAGGCUUUGGUUGGUUUUAUCGCUGAGCUUAUUGGAAUGAUUCAGUGCAAACUAAUCGAAACGGAUGAUUCGCGUAUGAUGAUGGGUGAUCCUUUUAUGGUGGACACACUGAUGACUGCGGUGAUCAGUUUUUCGGGUUAUGGUGGAUUGUACGGUGGUAAAAUGAUAGCUAACGACGAAAUGUCACGCCUCAAGCUGUUUCCACUUGCACUGCUAACUGUGCUGGAGCAGAAUGUUUGGCGCGAAAUCGAAAUCAAGAUCUUCGAGUUCCUGUUCAGCUUGUACUUCGGAGCGUCGUUUUUACAAGAGUACAACGAUUGCUUGAUGAAUACGUUCACAUGCUGUAAAAAGCAGCACUAUUUCAAGGAUCCGAAAAACCGACGCAAACUCCUCUCUUUGUGA